AUGGCCUCCGACGGGCAGGCUACCGCCUCCAAGCUCGCCUCUUAUGGCCAGCCAACCGGCUUUACGACAGGCUCUACGGGCACCAAGCGCGCAGCCUCUCGUUUGACGGAGGCUCCUGCCAUCGAGAGCGCUACUAAGAGACGACGUAUCCUCCCGAAGCCUGCUCUGCCAACUACAGCUGCCACUCCCGUUACCAUAGCUGGAGAUGCAACCAACAUCCUCCCAUGUGCCUGCGAAAAUUGCCUUAAAAGACUUCAGGAGCGAGAAGAAACCAAGAAGCAGAUACUACCCUCGCAUGGCAUGGAGCAGGAUGACGCUUCCGCCACCCCGACCAAAAGUAUGCCAGUCGAACAAACCAAGAAGCAGGAUGGCAACGCUGAGUCUGGACGAGCACUCCAUGCCACUUCUGCCUCUGCUACCGAGACUACGCCGGUCGAACAAACGAAGAAACAGACAAUGACCGAGCGGAUGCGGGCCCGGGGUGGCACCGCUGAACCGGAACACGAAGCCCAUCCCGCGGAUGAGGAGCGGUAUGAGGGCUUUAGGAACUUCGCCGAGAAGGCUAAGUGGGAGGUACUCUCUAAGAAGUUGGAAGAGGCGGAGCGGAAGAGGAAGGAGGAGGAUGGGGAUGAUGGUCUGCCCCAGAUGCAGAUGAAGGAGACUUAUACUGCUCAAGGCCUUGCUUACGAGAAGCAAGCUAGGGAUUUUGACGAAAAGGUGUGGGAGAAGAACGUGAGCGAGCUUCAUGCGCAGAUAGCGAGGGUGCAUGUUAAUCUGCUUCAGAUGCGGGGAGGCGUGAGGAAUGGGGAGGUUCCUUUCUGA